CUACUGCUCACACUCCCAGCACUAAAACACACAGAGGCAGAGCUCAAAGCCUCGAUCUUCUCUGUCGCCGCCUCUCGCCGGCCCCCGUCUCGUCGCUGCGCCGUUCGCCUCUUCCUCUGCGUCACUGCGCCGCACGCGUCUUCCUCUGUGCCGUACGCUUCUUCCUCUGCGUCACCGAGCCGCUCGCGUCUUCCUCUGUGCCCCUGCACCGCACGCGUCUUCUUCCGCGUCUUCCUCCGCGUCACCGCCGCUCGCGUCUUCCUCUGCAUCAUCGCGCCCCUCGCAUCUUCCGCUGUGCUUUGCCGUGGCUCGGUUUUCUAUCGCCCUCUUCUCUGCGUGCGGCCAAGGAAUACUGUGACAUUUUAUUGGAACAUUGAGGCUUUGGUUCUGCUUCUGAACUUCUGCAGAGGUUUGAAAAUGACCAUUUCCUAUGCUCACAUGCUUCAGUUUUCCACUAGUUUCCUCAAUGGCAAGCUAUCAUUUACCAGUGACAAUAAAGGGAGAAGGACACACGUCUUACCUUUUGCUUCGUUGGAGAGACCAGACAAAAAUAUUGUUGUUGACCCCAAGUUUUGUCAGGUAGACUCUCUGCUGGACAGUGUAAAAUGGGAUGAUAAAGGUUUGGCUGUGGCAAUAGCUCAGAAUGUUGACACUGGAGCCAUAUUAAUGCAAGGUUUUGCAAAUAGAGAAGCAGUGUUUACAACCCUAUCUUCCCGGAAGGCUACGUUCUUCAGUCGGUCACGGUCAACAUUGUGGACCAAAGGAGAGACUUCUAAUAAUUUUAUAAAUAUUCACGAUGUUUUUCUUGACUGUGAUCGUGAUUCUAUAAUAUACCUCGGGAAACCUGAUGGACCUACCUGCCACACGGGGGCAGAAACAUGCUAUUAUACAUCAGUCUUUGACUCACUAAAACAGCAAGAGAUUGAAGGAAAUAGGUUGGCAUUAACCUCUUUGUAUUCAUUAGAGUCGACAAUCUCCCAACGCAAAGCAGAGUUAGCAGAAGAAGAGAAUGGAAAGCCCUCAUGGACUAAGCGAUUAUUGCUCAAUGAUAAGUUGUUAUGCUCAAAAAUCAGAGAAGAGGCAAAUGAGUUGUGUCAAACACUAGAGAAUAACGAGGACAAGUCACGUACUGCUUCAGAGAUGGCUGAUGUACUCUAUCAUGCCAUGGUACUGUUGGCAGUGAAAGAUGUCAAAGUAGAAGAUGUUCUGCAGGUUCUUCGGCAGAGAUUUUUCCAAUCUGGUAUCGAGGAAAAGAAAAGUCGAGUAUCCAAGAAAUCAGAGCAAGAUUGAACUUAAUGCUAAGUACAUAUCUCAAGCACUGUAUUCGGAUUUUUUGACAUAUCAGGAUGUACUAUAGGUGUUCUUAUCAUUGUGACUGAUGAGGUAUGCAUAUGAAAGUUGAGAAUGUCAAGAGCACCAUCUUGAUGUUACUUUUCAACUUCGCUACUAGAUAUCAGUUGUACAUUUUUUAGAGGUUUUCUUAAGUUAAUUCAAGUAUUGCAUUCAUGCUUAUAUGUAGCAAGAUGUAAUUCUGGAUUGAAGACUUAUCUGCAUAACUUUUUGGUCUUCGUAGUUAUUUUGUUUCAGUUGGAUUGUUA